UCAGUGUACAGUGUAGUGCAGUUCUGCAGAAACAAGCUGGGAAUGGGUGAGUCGCUGCUGAGGGCCAUGGUAUCAAAGUAUCUGAACACUAAUUUACGGACUUGAAUAACGCAGUUAAAGACCAUCAGCACGUUUGUCCUGCAGAGUCGCACUGCAUGCAAGAAUACGUCUUUGACCGACUGGCAGUGUUAGCUUUAAAGCUAGCAGGCUAAUGUUAGCGAGCGGAGCCAGGCCCUGCGAAGAGUCGCAUCUCGGAGUUGAGUACAUUGUUUUUAUCAGCGACGCCAGUUAAAGAGCUAAUGAGACAAAUGUAAUUGGUGACACUGACGCAUUGCUCUGACAUAUUCCAGCAACAGUACUCGCAUAAUUAAUCCAGUUCACUAGAAUUUUGGACUGUUUUUUACUCGCACGUUAAACGUUAGCAUAGCCUGUAAACGUUAGCUAACUGAAUUAGAGCUAGCUAACGACAUUAAAAUAAUGACUUCCAGGAGGACAGGCUAUGCUGGUAGCAUGGAUUCCUCGCCAUCAAAUAGCGGCAGCAGCUCAGUCCACAGUGGAAACCGUAAACAAAGUAUCAUCAACAUCCCCGACAGGAGCGGGGUCGAGUCUUGCUACGAUCGGAAAGCAGACAAGGCUGGAUACGGAGCUUCGCAGGGCAACAUGACUGUAACGUCGCUGAAAUCACGUCUCGCCCCGACCAUUCAAACUGCCAUGUCCGCCGCAGUUGAUACUCUUCUGGGAGAAGUGGUGCUUGUGCUUAAUGAGACUCAGCAAGAGCUGCUACACAAGGAGCAGGAGAAUGAAAGACUCAAAGUGCGUCUCGAAGUGUCAGAGAGGGAGUUGAAGACUUUGCAGGAGUGUCUGUGUAGUGCUCAGAAGCUCAUAGAUCAGCUUCAGAUCUCAUACACAGGCCCACAGUCAAUUAAUCAGUCAGUCUUCGCCCCAUCGCUGUCUUCCAUGGCCUCAAUGACUUCAGGCUUGGACCGGGACCACCAGAAUUCCCGAAAUGUGAACGGAGCAGGUGUCGACUUGGGUCUCGGUGGCUCUGUGGAUGAUUCGCUUCAUGGGUUUGAGCCAAGAGAUGACUAUAAAAUGUGCCAGCUUUCAAUCCAACCAGAUGGCUCUGUGACUAACCACGCUCUGGACUUUGCAUCCAACACAUCUCAUAUGUGCUCUGAUUCCAGCAGACCAGAUGAGAGGCAGUCUCAGGCACCGGGUGGAACAUCCAGGUUUGAGAUUAAAGAGGAGCAGGGACCAGCGUCAGGCUCUGGUCAGCCCAGCAGGAAGGAGCCUGGGUUGCGUAAUGACAACAGAGUUGGGGAUGGAGAGCGAUCAUCCCACAACGUGGGUGACCUUGGCUACGUUCAAGUCGGAGGGGAGGGAGGCUCCCAGCGUUCCUUUACUCACCCUCUGCGUCACCAAAGACCCGUGCGAGACUGCGGCGGUGCCCUGCAGCAGGGUGGACUUGAUGGGCAGAAACAGUUGGCUAGGACUUCUGGAGCUGGGAGAGGAGACAGUGUUUCACCAGGCAGAGCAGAGGACUCUGCAGGACCUUCGGCCCCUGACACAGCAGGGGAACCCUCUGGAGAUCGGCCUCACCACUGCCUGGAAUGUGGAAAGACGUUCCGUCUUAUCUCCAGCCUGAAGAAGCACAUCCGCAUCCACACUGGAGAGAAGCCCUACCCAUGUGGAGUCUGCGGCCGUCGCUUCCGCGAGUCCGGGGCGCUUAAGACCCACCUGCGCAUACACACGGGCGAGAAGCCGUACUCUUGCUCUGAGUGUGGAAAUUGCUUCCGCCACUUGGACGGUUUGCGAAAGCACAGGCGCACACACACCGGAGAGAAACCCUAUGUGUGCGCCAUCUGCGGGAAGCGCCUGAGCCGCCUGCAGCACCUCAAACACCACCAGCUCAUCCACACCGGAGAGAGACCCUGCUGCUGCCCCUUCUGCAACCGCAGCUUCAAGGAACCGGCAGCGCUGCGGAAACACAUCCGCACGCACAGGGAGGAAGGCGGUCACAUGGGGAUUGGAGCCAGUGAUGACACGGACCCGGACGCCAUGGAUGAUAUAAACAAUCUCCAUCCAGCAGCUCCGUCCCCUCAGAUGAGGUUCGGAGAAUGGGGAGCGGAGGAGGACGACAGCUCGGUUGUGGACUGUGUGUAGAGGAUGAUUAAAGGAGUAACUGUCUGUUGAAAAAUAUGGAUUGAGGUGCUGGUGUACUUGUAAACAUGAUGGAUAAAGUCAUCUCCUCUCCAUGCUGUUAAAGGAGAGAGUCAGGCUACAUAUAACCCGAGCCUUGAAGAUUCAUUUAUCUCGGACAUUUUCAUUUUUCACACUCUUUUAUCUAACAAUAACUUUUAAAAUAUCCACCGCAUGUAUUUGUCAAAAGGCAUUUUUUCCGGACAUUCCUGAAGCAGCAGCAGUAGCGGACAGGUUGUUCUUGCACAGGCAGUUGCUGGUUUGCCAACUGUUCACCAGUAAUUUGGAAAAUUGGUGGCAGAGGUGGAUAAGAGCUGUUUCCCCACUUUAAAAAUAUAAGUGCCUUGAACACUCACUCAAACAUCAACUGAGUCACUGCUGCUGCUGCUGCUGCUGCUCCUCAAGAUCCCACCUGGAUUGUUUUCAGGACAAACUUUCUUGUAGUUUCACACUUUAGUCAAAGAUCGGAUUUGCUGUUGAAUUAUUUUUGGCCUUUGCCAAAACGCUGAGCUGCUCAGAUGAAUGGAAACGGACCCACAGGGCUGGUUCAUGCUUCAUGUGUGGACAGAUAAUGCGAGCACGGACCAUGUGCAUUACGCAGCCGGGCAUUACUGACUAAACCAAAUGUCGCAGUAUUUUUGGUUCGGUGUUUUGAUCUCGAUAAAGUGAUGAUAUUUGAGUAGGAGUGUUGGUGCUUUCACACAAUAUUUAUGGGCUCAAAUAUAUGUAUCGUCAUUAAUGCUGUGGAUAUUAUGCCCAAGAAAUAUGGGUAUCUUCAGUCCACUCAGCUGGAACAGCCAAUAAAAUGGUGUCUAAUAUUGUAUCUGUUUCACUGAAAUGCAUGCUCUACGACUAGAAUAUAAAACAUUUAAAUGAUGGCGCUAUCGACCGAAGUCCCGGACAAUAUCUUUGUUCUUUUAAGAUACCGGUCUCCCAUCUUUACCCUGGUAUUCAUCCUCGCUGUGCAGCUGGUCUGAUUAUUUCUGCUGAUCCUGUAGGGAGGUGUUGCAGCGCUGUCUGAUUCAGGUUUUUUCAUGGUGUGUAACAGGAGAGCGACAAACUAAAGAAUAAUAAUCUGGUGCUUAUAAAGGACCAAACCACAUUUAUGAAUAUUAUUGCAAUAUCACAGAUGACGGCAUGUUCAAGUAAUAAUUAAGAAUUAAUAGAAUAAAAUAAAAAGCAGUAAUUGACACAAAAUCCCAGUGCACAUAACUGGUCAGUUGAGCCAUUACAUUUAAGAGGGCAGCGUAGCCUUGCAGUUUACCCUAAAGAGGCCGUUUGUUAUCUGAAAAGCUAAAAUGUCGUGUCUUAAUGAAGCAUGAACCAGUUCCGUCAGCAGCGCCUCGUUGUGAAGCCCCGCUCGGCUCUGUCGAAUCUCCUCUCGUCUCUCUGCGGAGCCCUCAUCAGUUACACAAUCGUAGUGUUUUCAGCCGAGCGGAAGUUAUCUGUGUCGAGACUAUCUGAGUUUGAAGAUAUCUGUACAUACACAAAGCUCUCUGGGUUGUUUGGAUGUGGACGCAGUUAGUUGUCGUCAGCAUGUACCCGGAUAAAGCGCUUCCACGCUGUUUUACUGUUCCACCAGUCUGAUCAUCAUCUGUGUCUCUCUCUCUCUCUCAUGGACCAGAUAGCAUUCCUUUUCUUUUUUUCUCCAAGCUGCUGCUGUACGUCUGGAAAGCGUCUCCUUUUCUGGACUUGUAUAAUUCUUACCGGCCAGUUAAUAGCAAUUACUAGUGGAGAGACUUUGAUGCUUGCAUGUGCAUAACUUGUCCUCCGCUGGCAGCGACGCGCCCCUCCGUCUGUUCAUGUAAAUAAGAAUGUAGUUUUAGCCAUUUUAUCCGGUUGAGUGAGGGUCAACAUUUGUGGGAAAGUUCAUGUGCAACAAUUACUUUUUUUCCCUCUUUUUUAAAACAACGUAACAUGCUUUGAAAACAUCAGUAUACUAACAUUCAUUGUAAAUAUAUGGAAUCUUAUUAAACUCCUUCCUGAUGCUCCGAUGUGACACAGCUGAUGCAUCAGGGUUAACAGCAGAGCAUUAAUCUUCUCAGCCAUUCGAGCUGCACUGUAGGUCUCUGGUGUCAUUAACUGUGUGUACUACUAUAAUGAUCUCCAUGUAACUAUUCUCUGUACAUUUACAAGUGUAAGUCAUUUUCAGAAGCACUCAAAAUGUUAAAUAUCUGUUCCUGUAUACCCAGAAUACGAUUUGCCAUGGUAGUCUUCACCCCAGAUAAACAUAUUUAUUGUUUUUUGUAUGACAGAUACAGGGAGGCCUUUGCAUGUAGGUUUAAACUGAAAUGGCAUUCGUCCUUAAAGAGUCAGUGUUAAGUGUGAAAUGACUUACUUUUUUAUGCUUCUGUGUUCAAAUAUAUGCCCCUACAUCACAUUCAUCCUGUUACCUACUGUAAAUGUUACUAUAUUAAAGGGCCUUGUUUAUA